AAAAGAAAAAAGCUUGUAAUGGCUCACAAUUCUUGAAAAGAAUUCCUUCUUCACCGGAUUUUCGAAAAAAAAAGAAAAAUUCCUUCUUCACCGGGAGGUUCAACCACUACCAACCAUUUUCCUUGGCCAACAACGAUUUUAAUGGGCCAAUGAAUUUAUUUAAUACUUCUUAGCUCUUACGUGUGCAGCACCUCACACUAGCUAACACACACUGAAAAGAUUAUGUAUGUUAUAAGAGACCAACUCUUGCACGCUUUCCUCAAAUAUAACAGGGGGUCAAAUUGUAGGAUGGAUUGUGGAUUCCUUGGUUUCAUGGUUAAUUGGUUUAAUUUGCGAGGCCCCAUUUGCAGAAAACCUAAUAAAGAGGUUAGUGAAUAAAAGAUAGAGAUAUCCCACAAAUAUAUAUUUAUGUCAUUAACUCUGAUGGAAUAGUGACAUUCCUAGCUAGUUAUAUGCAUGUCUUUCCCUUCCCCAUCCUGUGUUUUAAUUAUAGUGUGUGUGAAAGUAAAUUAAAUGGCGGGUGUGGAUCACAAAAGCUGCAGAUCAUCAUCAUCAGUUUUAGCAUUGACAGGCAGAGUUAUGAACCAAGUGUUGAGCAUCAUUGUUUUCUGUGUUCUGGACGUGAUUGAUUUCCUUCUUUGCUAUGUUUACAAAGUGGUGGAUUUCUUGGUUGAAGCGGAGUGGAAGCCUUGUUACUGCUCUACUUCAGCUCAACAAACCAUGAGCAGUGGCAGCGGUGGCAGCAUUAAUGCUGCUUCCAAGAUUGUUCGCCUCACUUCCUCCGCCUGCAGGUUGCAGCUUGAAGAGAUCUCCGACACCCUCUACACUCGUCCUACCACCCUUCAACGCCUCAAGCUAAUCAUCAACAACAAACCACCCGCCUCUUCCACCACCAUUAUCCAAUCAAAUUUUAAUAAUUGUGACAAGGUGAAGAAAGGCAGGGUCACAAUUAACUCCAUGUUACGGCCCAAGAUUGGUCGCCACCAAUUGCUGAAUCCCAUUCCAAGAUGGUCCGAUUGUGAUUGCAAAACUUGCCACUCUUGGGCCUCUUCUUGCAAACAAGCACUUUUUGUCCUAGCUCAAGGACCAAAAGAUUUUAAUAAUGUGGUAGAAGAUGUGAUCUUCAUUCAUGGGUUCAUUUCGUCUUCUGAAUUUUGGACGGAAACACUAUUUCCCAACUUUUCCAGCUCUGUGAAAUCCAUGUACAGACUAUUUGCGAUGGAUCUGCUGGGGUUUGGGAGGAGUCCCAAGCCAAAUGACUCCCUUUACACAUUGAGAGAGCAUUUAGAAAUGAUUGAAAGCUCUGUCCUUAGACCACACAAAGUUAAAUCCUUUCACAUUGUCGCACAUUCUUUGGGCUGCAUUUUGGCUCUCGCACUCGCUGUCAAAUAUCCCCACUCUGUCAAGUCGCUCACUCUGCUGGCACCACCAUACUUUCCAGUUCCAAAGGGUGAAGAAGCCACACAGCAUGUGAUGAAAAGAGUAGCCCCAAGGCGGGUGUGGCCAGUGAUUACUUUUGGGGCGUCCAUUGCUUGCUGGUAUGAGCACCUCAGUCGUACUAUUUGCCUCUUAAUAUGCAAGAACCAUCGCUUGUGGACAUUUCUCACCAAUAUUAUCACCAGAAACAGGAUGAGGACAUACUUGAUUGAAGGAUUCUGUUGCCACACGCAUAACGCGGCAUGGCAUACCCUACACAACAUAAUUUGCGGGAGUGCGGCAAAAAUGGAUGCAUACUUGGAGACAAUUAAAAACAGCCUAAAAUGUGAAGUCAAUAUAUUCCAUGGUAGAGACGAUGAUGUUAUCCCAGUUGAAUGUAGCUACAAUGUACAGUCCAGAGUUCCUCGUGCCCGGGUUAAGGUUUUCGAUAACAAAGACCAUAUCACCAUUGUCGUUGGAAGACAGAAGGCCUUUGCUAGGGAACUUGAGCAAAUUUGGACCAACUCAAACCAACCCUAGCUUCUAUUUUCCACUAAUAUAUAUAUAUAAUGACCAUAAAUUCUUAUCCUGCCAAAGCAUGGAUGAAGAUACUUGGAAACUGGCAAAUUUUCUACUACCAAUUACCAAUUAUUAUUGUUAGGGUGUGAGUGCUUCAUGUCAUGUUACUUUGAUGGGGAAGAAAAAGGAACCCUCAAAUCUCCACUUUAUUUAAUUAAUAAUUAUAGAGUGUGCUUGGUUUUCCAAUAUUCUAUAAACAUCAUGUUUUUUUCUCUC